AUGGCCAGUGCGCUCGCCGCCUCUCAUGACAUCCCCUUAGUCGAAGACAUCGCCUCCCCGGAGAGCAUUGCAAGCUUCGCUGCUGUUGAGCGCGAUCCUGCCUCAUGGGCUAGUUCUUUACCAGCCAACCAAGGUCUCUACUCGAACGACAACGAGAAAGACUCUUGUGGUGUUGGAUUCAUUUGCCACGUCAAAGGAAAACCAGCGCACAAAAUCGUUUCCGAUGCUCGCCAACUGCUUUGUGCCAUGACCCAUAGAGGAGCAACUGGGGCGGACAGUCGUGAUGGAGAUGGAGCUGGAGUCAUGACGGCAAUUCCUCAUGCCUUCUUCAAACGUGAAGCAGAGCGUGAUAUUGGAUGCAUCCUCCCAGAGCCUGGCGAGUAUGCGAGCGGGAAUGUUUUCUUCAAACGCAACGACCCUGUUCAACUUCAGAGCCAUCAGGCCCUCUUUGCCAAGAUCGCUUCAGACUUAGGCAUGCGGGUACUUGGUUGGAGAGAAGUGCCCACCGAUGGAACCAUUCUCGGCCCCGCAGCAAGUAGCAAGGAACCCGCAAUCUAUCAGCCAUUUGUGGUCCUCAAAGCGCACUAUGGUGAAGGCAGCGCAAGCCAAGGCGGAGAAUUGGACGCAACACAUUUCGAACGCCAGCUCUAUGUCCUCCGCAAGCACGCAACCCACAGCAUCACUCUUGCAAAAGGAUUCUACGUUUGCUCGCUCUCCACCAAGAACAUUGUUUAUAAGGGACAGUUGACUCCGUCGCAAGUUUACAACUACUAUCACGAUCUCAACCAUGUUCUUUAUCAAUCGCACUUCACACUGGUCCACUCCCGAUUCUCUACCAACACAUUCCCCAGUUGGGAUCGUGCUCAGCCCAUGCGGUGGGCCGCUCACAAUGGUGAAAUCAACACUGUCCGCGGAAACAAAAACUGGAUGCGGGCACGUGAGGGCGUCCUUUCUUCCAAGCAUUUCGGCGAACAACUCGAUCUGCUUUACCCUAUCAUUGAAACUGGCGGGUCAGACUCUGCUGCCUUCGACAACGUUCUCGAGCUACUCGUUGUGAAUGGCGUUAUCACUCUUCCUGAAGCUGUCAUGAUGCUCGUUCCUGAAGCCUGGCAGGGUAACGAAAACAUGGAACCAGAGAAGCGUGCUUUCUACAACUGGGCUGCGUGCUUACAGGAGCCGUGGGAUGGUCCUGCUCUCUUCGCAUUCAGUGACGGGCGUUAUUGCGGUGCGAACCUUGACAGAAACGGAUUGCGUCCGUGUCGAUAUAUCGUUACCAACGAGGACAUCAUGAUCUGUGCCUCUGAAGUGGGAGCUGUCUACAUCGCGCCAGAGACAGUGGUACAAAAGGGUCGCCUCAAGCCUGGACGUAUGCUGCUUGUCGACACGGUGGAGGGUAGGAUCGUUGAUGACAAGGAGCUGAAGCGCACAACGGCCGCUAAGCAGAAUUUCGCAUCUUGGGUGGAGGCGCAUAUACUGCACGUGCCCAAUAUUGUCAAACGCGUCCUCAGGAGCAAUGUUCGUCUUGAGCCCGUUCUGGACGAAUACACGCUUAGUACCGACCCUAAAUUGUUGGCCUUUGGCUUUACUGUCGAACAGCUCAACCUUCUCGUCCUUCCUAUGGUUUCAGAUGGUAAAGAGGCGCUUGGCUCCAUGGGUAACGAUGCACCACUUGCUGCAAUGGCAACGCAGCCCCGCAUCAUCUACGACUAUUUCCGCCAGCUGUUUGCCCAAGUCACCAACCCUCCUAUUGACCCAAUUCGCGAGAAUAUAGUCAUGUCUUUAGAGGCAUACGUGGGUCCUGAAGGCAAUCUGCUUGAGAUGAAGCCCGAGCAAUGCCACCGUAUCCUUCUACCUUCUCCCCUUCUCACCAUCGAAGAAAUGAACGCAAUGAAGAGCUUGAAAGCUGCCUAUACGACUUGGCCUUCUCGUACUAUCGACAUCACGUUUCCCAAGGAGGGUGGUCUUCCAGGAUAUCAACUGGCUCUUGAGCGCGUUUGCAACGAAGCAACUCAAGCUAUUGACGAUGGAAUCAAGGUCGUUAUUCUAUCCGAUAGAGCCAUCGGACCUUCCCGUGUUCCCUUGUCGGCUUUGGUCGCUUGCGGCGGUGUUCAUCACCAUUUGGUGCUCCACAAGAAGCGAGCUAAGAUUGCGUUGAUGAUUGAGACUGCCGAGGCUCGUGAAGUGCAUCAUCUCUGCGUGUUGGUUGGCUACGGAGCUGACGCAAUCUGCCCAUGGCUGAUGAUGGAGACAAUUCAUAAGGUCGGGAGGGAGAAAUUGGUCAAAAGCAACCUUACUGUCACGGAUCUUAUGGACAACUAUCGACACUCAAUCGACAACGGCAUUCUCAAGGUCAUGUCCAAGAUGGGCAUUUCCACAUUGCAGUCGUACAAGGGUGCCCAAAUCUUUGAAAUCCUCGGUCUCCAUUCCGAUGUCGUCGAACGCUGCUUCAUCGGAACGGCUAGUCGUGUUCAAGGUGCCACAUUCGACCUCCUGGCUAUGGAUGCCUUCGAGUUACAUGAACGCGGGUGGCCAUCACGUGAGACGAUCAUUCCGCCUGGCAUGCCCGAGUCCGGUGAAUACCAUUGGCGCGAUGGCGGAGAGGCUCAUAUCAACGACCCCACUGGUAUUGCGAAUCUUCAAGACGCAGUGCGAGAGAAGAAUCAAUCUGCGUAUGAUGCCUACUCGCGUAAUGCCAACGAACAAACGAAACAGGUCCAUCUUCGAGGUUUACUCGAGUUCCGUUACGAAAAUGCGACUGCUAUUCCUAUCGAGCAAGUCGAGCCUUGGAAUGAAAUCGUUCGGCGCUUUGUCACCGGCGCUAUGUCAUAUGGCUCGAUUUCAAUGGAGGCUCAUUCAACUCUUGCUGUUGCCAUGAAUCGCCUAGGUGGAAAAUCUAACACGGGAGAAGGUGGAGAAGACGCCGAACGAUCAAUGGUGUUGCACAACGGAGAUACAAUGAGGUCUGCUAUCAAGCAGGUUGCUUCCGGUCGCUUUGGUGUGACUUCCAACUAUUUGGGGGACGCUGACGAGCUCCAAAUAAAGAUGGCACAAGGCGCAAAACCAGGGGAAGGUGGAGAAUUACCUGGUCAUAAGGUUUCUGGAUCGAUUGCGCGGACCCGUCACUCAACUGCUGGGGUUGGCUUGAUAUCACCACCUCCCCAUCACGAUAUUUACUCCAUCGAAGACCUCAAGCAGCUCAUUUAUGACCUCAAAUGCUCAAAUCCUCGUGCGCGCGUCUCCGUGAAACUAGUGUCUGAAGUUGGAGUUGGGAUUGUUGCGAGCGGCGUGGCCAAAGCGAAGGCCGAUCAUAUUUUGAUCUCCGGUCAUGAUGGCGGCACUGGUGCGUCCCGAUGGACCGGAAUCAAGUAUGCCGGUCUUCCUUGGGAAUUGGGUCUGGCUGAGACUCAUCAAACACUCGUCUUAAACGACCUUCGCGGCCGCGUGACGGUUCAAACCGACGGGCAGAUUCGUACUGGUCGUGACAUUGCCAUUGCGUGUUUGUUGGGUGCAGAGGAAUGGGGCUUUGCGACAACUCCGUUGAUUGCGAUGGGUUGCAUUAUGAUGAGGAAGUGCCAUCUCAAUACUUGUCCUGUUGGUAUCGCAACACAAGACCCGCAACUUCGUGCCAAAUUUGCUGGACAACCAGAGCAAGUAAUCAAUUUCUUCUAUUACUUGGCGGAGGAGCUGCGGGGCUACAUGGCUAAGCUUGGUUUCCGCACAAUCAACGAGAUGGUUGGUCGCGCUGACAUGCUCAAAGUCAAUGAGAAACUCCGCACAGUCAAGACUGCUCAUCUUGACCUUUCUGCCGUCCUAAAGCCGGCAUGGCAAAUGCGUCCCGGAGUCGCAACAUACCGUGUUCGCCAGCAAGACCACAAGCUAUACAUCCGUCUGGAUAACAAGUUCAUCGACGAAUCUGAGCCAGCGCUGACUAAAGGACUACCUGUCAGAAUCGACUGUGACGUCACCAACACCGAUCGUGCUCUUGGGACUUCCUUAUCUUAUCGGGUUUCCAAGCAGUAUGGCGAAGAGGGGCUUCCACGCGACACGAUUCACAUUCGCAUGAGUGGGUCGGCGGGUCAAUCAUGCGGGGCUUUCCUUGCACCUGGAAUCACCAUCGAGCUCGAGGGUGACGCCAACGACUACGUUGGCAAAGGCCUGUCUGGUGGCCGUCUCAUUGUUUACCCUCCCAAACAGUCAACCUUCAAAGCUGAAGAGAAUAUAAUCAUCGGCAACGUCUGUCUGUAUGGUGCUACUUCUGGAGAGGCAUUCAUUCGUGGUGUUGCCGCCGAGCGCUUUGCUGUCAGAAACUCUGGUGCUAAUGCAGUUGUUGAAGGGACGGGCGACCAUGGCUGUGAAUAUAUGACCGGCGGCCGUGUAGUCGUUCUGGGAACUACUGGACGAAACUUUGCUGCCGGAAUGAGUGGUGGAAUCGCCUAUGUUCUUGAUACAGCCCACACGUUUGCUUCCAAGGUCAACAUGGAGAUGGUCGAGCUUGGAAAAGUCACUGAUCCCCGUGAAAUUGCCGCUCUUCGCAGUCUUAUCGAAGACCAUCGUCAUUUUACUGGCUCUGAAGUUGCGGAUCGUGUUCUUGACGACUUCCAUCAUCUUCUUCCUCUCUUUGUCAGGGUUAUGCCGUUCGAUUACAAGCGGAUUUUGGAAGAGCAGGAUGCUAGGGAAAAGGAGGAGAAAAUGCGUCAAAAUGUUAUCGACUUGGUUCCAUCUCGCACCGCCAGCCAAGUUGACCUUGCGUCGCAAGGCUUGGAAGAUAUUCUCCUUCCCCGAGCUUCUCAAUCUGCUCCCACCACCCCAGCUCCAUCUUUCUAUCGUCCUCGUCACGAGCCAGCUAUUGUCGAUAUGGAGGAUUCCCUUGUUGACGAUUCAACAACCAAAGCACGAUUGACCAAGCUUGACAAGACGCGCGGAUUCAUGAAGUAUAAGCGUUUAGGCGAGGCCUAUCGUCCGCCCCGAAAGCGUGUCAAGGAUUGGAAGGAAAUAUCGUCGCGACUGACAGAGAGCGAACUGAAGUACCAGUCUGCGCGUUGCAUGGACUGUGGUGUGCCAUUCUGUCAAUCCGAUUCAGGCUGUCCCAUCUCAAAUAUCAUUCCCAAAUGGAACGAUCUCGUUUUCAAGGGACAGUGGCAAGACGCGCUCAAUCGACUCCUCAUGACGAAUAACUUCCCAGAGUUCACAGGCCGCGUAUGUCCCGCACCGUGUGAGGGAGCUUGUGUGCUUGGUAUUAACGAGCAGCCGGUUGGUAUCAAGAGCAUCGAAUGCGCCAUCAUCGACAAGGGCUUCGAGAUGGGCUGGAUGGCCCCUAACCCUCCCUCUUUCCGCACUGGCAAGCGCGUCGCCAUCAUCGGCUCCGGUCCCGCUGGACUCGCUUGCGCCGACCAGCUCAACAAAGCUGGACACUUGGUCACCGUUUAUGAUCGAAACGACAGGAUGGGUGGUCUUCUUAUGUAUGGCAUUCCAAACAUGAAACUUGACAAAUCUGUCGUUCAACGUCGUCUUGACCUAAUGGCGGCCGAGGGCAUCACUUUCGUUCCCAACGCUCACGUUGGUGUAGACGUUGAUGCGGAUGAGUUGCAGGCUCAAAAUGACGCCGUUGUGAUUUGUACUGGCGCUACGUGGCCACGUGACCUUAAAAUUCCCAAUCGCGAAACUAAUGGCAUCCACUUCGCCAUGGAAUAUUUGCAGAUGAACACCAAGGCUCUCCUUGACUCGGAACUGCAAAAUGGAAACUACAUCAACGCUAAGGGCAAGGAUGUUAUCGUCAUUGGUGGUGGUGACACCGGCAAUGACUGCAUUGGAACUGCGAUGAGACAUGGCGCUAAAUCGGUCACUAACUUCGAGCUCCUCCCUCAGCCACCCGUUGCUCGUGGUAGGGACAACCCAUGGCCACAAUGGCCAAGAAUUUUCCGUACCGAUUAUGGUCACACCGAAGUCGCGGCUCAUUUCGGCAAUGAUCCUCGCGAGUAUUGCAUCUCGACCAAAGACUUCGUCGUUGAUGACGAUGGUAACCUCAAGGGACUGGACACAGUCCGUGUUGAAUGGACGAGGGAUAGCGGUGGACGUUGGAAGAUGGAGGAAGUGCCUGGCUCCCAGAAAUUCUUCCCCGCACAACUUGUUUUCCUUGCACUCGGAUUCCUCGGCCCGCAAACUGAUGUCAUCAAGGCUUUGGGAGUCAAACAAGAUGCUCGUUCCAAUAUCCAGACCCCAAAUAAGAAGUAUAGCACCAACAUUGAGGGUGUGUUUGCGGCCGGCGACUGCAGGCGCGGCCAGUCGCUAAUUGUUUGGGGCAUCAAUGAGGGACGCGGUGCUGCUGCAGAGGUUGACGCAUGGCUCAGUGCCGGUGUCACGCGGCUGCCAACAGCAGGAAGCAUCAAGACCAGAGUGUUCAUCCCGCCGCCCAGCACGCUUCAAAAUCCGAAUAUGAUUCAAGUUGCCGCUUGA